AUGGUUAUUGUUAUUGUCGUGCUCACCAUCUUUAUCCUGGUCGCGGGGGGCAUUGUUGUAGGUGUAAUUCUCUACAAUCGAAAGCCGGCCGACGAUGGUGAUACUGCAGCUGGCGGCGCGGUUGCCCCUGCAGCCAAUGCGAGCGUGGUGGGUGGCACGGCGGUCAGCGCAAGCGUGGUGGGCGGCGCGGGGAGUGGUGGUGACACGGGGAGCGGCAGCAGCGGCGACGAUAGUGGCACAGGGGCCGACAGCAGUGACACGGGGGGCGGCGGCAGUGGCAGCACACAGCACAUUGGCGUCAGCCCGUCCGUCAAACUGUGCACCAGCAGCGGCACCGUCAACAUUAGCGACACGAUAGUCGUGGAAAGCGGGCAGACGUACGACGGGAAAUGCCAGACCAUAGUACCGGCGAGCUCGAUGGGCGACGGCAGCCAGACGGAGGACCAGAAGCCGUACUUUAAGCUGUACCCCGGGGGCACGAUAAAAAACGUGAUCCUGUCGAGCAACGGGCUGGACGGGAUCUGGUUUGUCAGCGACACGGCCUCCAAGGACGACGUAUGGACGCUUGAGAAUGUGACGUGGCUGGAUAUCGGUGAGGACGCGUGCUCCUUCCGCGAGAACGCCAAGGACGGCACGCUGAACCUGAUCGGGUGUUCGAUGACCAAGGCCAACGACAAAAGCAUACAGGCAGGCAACUCGUUCGGGGGCACGAUAAACCUAGUUGACACUCGGAUGUUUGACAACUACCAGACGUUUAGGGUGGGUGUGGAGCCGCAGACGUACAAAGCCACGAACUGCGAGCUCAAGGGCACCAACCUGAUCUACGGGGGCGCGUACCAGGGGCCAUGCAACGGCGUCGCGACGUUCGAGUUUACAAACUGCAAGCUCGGCGGCGGCAUCCACAAGCUAUGCGAUCCCGCUACGCAGGUGAAAUACACAAACUGCGAGGGGCCGUGA